AUGACAAUGCAAGACUAUGCCUUCCAUUCUUAUCCAAAAGGGUCUUCAGCGUUUUGGCAUAACAAGAACAGAGUAACCUAUUUCGUUAAUGGGAAGACUAACAAGAUGGAAGAAUCCCAGAUAAAUACUGAAAGUUCUGGUGCUAAAGAACGCCUCAAAGAGGACACCAAUUUCAACUCUGAAGAAAAUGAUCUAGUAUUUAAAAGUAUACAGUCAGGACAAAUCAUUUUCCAGAAAAAUAGUUCACUGACUAUGCCAGAAGACUUACAGAGGGACAGGUCUGAAAAAGCUUUAAGCAGAGUCCAGCCUUCUCUAUUCAUACAUGCUGGUGAUCCUACUAUAACUAGUGAAAACCUUUCCUUGACUAAAGAAGCUACUAUAAAUGGACCAGUUUCUUGCUCCCCAACCAUUACUUCCAUCAUAAGUACAGAUAGCAUUUCAAAAACCUUGGAACAAUCCGCUGUUCAGCAAAAAGAUUUGUGUUCAUCUUUGAAGGUGGUAUAUGAUCUCCAACAGCCUACAAUAAAAACUGCGCAGAUUUCAAGUCAGCAAGUUUUAUUUUUGAUACCUGAUAUAGCACAUACAAAGAAAGAUACCCAUUCCAUUGUAAAACUUCCUACCUCUUCUAUUUGUUCUGACACAACUAAUGGGAAUAUUUUCACAUUGGAUAGCACUUUAAUAGAGCCUGUAGAUGUGUGUGAUGAUAGGAAAAAUAUGCCAGUCAAAGAGGUAUAUAAUCCACAUGGUUGUGGAAAAGAUGAUUAUGUAACAGGAAAUGAGACCAAUAUGAAUGGUCAAAAAGAACUUGUAAAUAAUGAAAACGCAGCUGGAGAAUCUGAAAAAAACUGUGUUGUAAAAGUAGAGAAAAAAAGGAAGAGGAAAAUGGAUGGUAGUAAGAUAACUCGUUGCUAUUCAGAAGAUGCUUAUAAUGAUGAUUAUAUUUCAAAGAAAAAGUUAUUAAAUCUAGAUAUGAUGGAACAGAGCGAUGAAGAGCAACUCCUAGCCCCUCACAAUUUUGAGUUAACGAAGGUCAAGUCUGAAUCCAAUCUUGAUGACACGGAAGAACAUCUUCCAAAUGAAGCGAUAGAUGCUAUGACGCAUUAUAUGUGUAGCCCUGUUUGUGACUUUUCUGAUGAAGCAUCACCUGAUGAUGUUGGGUCAUUUUUUCCAAAUAAUGAUUGUGAUUCAUUGUCACCACCAACUUGCACUAAUGAUCAAGAGCCAUCAUUUUAUCCUUGCACAAAAUGCAAUGUAAAUUUUAGGGAGAAGAAACAUCUUCAUAGACAUAUGAUGUAUCAUUUGGAUGGGAAUAAUCACUUUCGGCAUCUUAAUGUUCCAAGGCCAUAUGCUUGUAGAGAAUGUGGGAGAACAUUUAGAGACCGUAAUUCACUUCUUAAACAUAUGAUUAUCCACCAGGAACGACGGCAGAAGCUAAUGGAGGAGAUAAGAGAAUUGAAGGAACUUCAGGAUGAAGGCCGAAGUGCGAGACUGCAGUGCCCUCAAUGUGUAUUUGGAACAAACUGUCCAAAGACAUUUGUGCAGCAUGCCAAAACCCACGAGAAAGAUAAAAGGUACUAUUGCUGUGAAGAAUGCAACUUUAUGGCAGUUAGUGAAAAUGAACUGGAGUGCCACAGAAGUGCUGCACACGGAGCAGUGGUAAAAUGUCCAAGUCUCACUUCAGAUAUACCCCAGAGAAAAGGUAUUAAAAAAGCCUCAUUAAAAAAUUCUCUUUUUCUUUCAUCCAAAAAAUCUGCAACUUAUAUCUGUAAGAUGUGCCCAUUUGCUGCUUCUACUAGAAACAAUUUAAAAAAACACAUUGAAUAUGUUCAUCAGUCAUCUUCCCCUGAUCACUUUAAUGGUUCCCUUUUACAGAAUUUCACAGAUUCUGAACUUCUAAGUGUUGGUAAGGAAACAAAACACAUUAUAAAACCUUCCUCUUCAUUUCCAAAGAAUUCUGUCUUAAAACAGGAUAUGAAAAGCCAUUAUGGUUCUGUAUCCCAAACAAACAGUUUUACAAAGUUGCAUCGAAAGCACAAAAUACAAAAAGCAAGGAAAAGUGCUGCUCAGUCUGUAGUUUGUAGUCCAUCCAUUUCCCCAAAUAAAUCCCUUCUCUUUACUAGCAAUGACCAAAAACAUAGGUAUUAUCAACAAAUUACAAAACCGAAAUAUGCCAGAGCGAAUCAUGGCUACAGAUACGGUCAGAAUUUCAAAAUGUUAAAGAAGUCUAAUGAUUUGUAUCCAUUAAAUUUAAAAAAGGAAGAUUCAUCUAGUACUUUAGAGUUGCUUUCAGCAUCCACUGAUCUUCAGAAUGAUUGCUCGAUUAUAGAUGCUGAGUCUUUACAGCCAAGGAAAUUUGUUGCUUUUAAAGAUCACAGGCGGGUAGCUGUAGAAAAGGUGCUUAAACCAGAAAAUGAACAUUCAGCCACUGAAGAAAGUUUAGACUGUUAUCCAGAUUUCCUUAAAAAAAUGACUUUUGUUGUCCUGAAAAAACUUCACCCCUCUGAACAAAAAGAUGAAUAUGAUUCAUGGGAAAAUGAUGAAAUAUAUGAAUAUACAGAACCUCCUGAUGGACCUUAUAAUACAGGAAAGCAAUCAGUUUAUCCUGUAUUCAAGGAGAAAUUGAACGAUGAGCAUGGUGAUGAAUCCACCCUGCACUAUAAUAGCAAUGAUGGUUUUUACUUUGAGUAUUAUGAAGAUGGGGAGGGGGAUGUAUUUAUACAAGACAUGCCUGGUGCUAAUCAUCUUGAAAAUGAUGACUCUGUGCUGCAAGAGCAUAGUGCUAUAUUCCAUUGGAGUGAUUUGUCUCUGGAAAAGAAAAAUUGUCCUUAUUGCCCUGCAACCUUUGAAACUGGGGUUGGACUGUCAAAUCAUGUUCGUGGGCAUCUUCACAGAGCAGGAUUGACGUAUGAAGCUAGACAUGUGGUGUCACCAGAACAGAUUGCAACUAGUGAUAAAAUGCAGCACUUUAAGAGAACUGGAACACCAACGAAACGAGUUCGAAAAGCAAUAGAAAAAUCAGAAAGUCCGUCCGAACAUACCUGUGCACUGUGUGGAGGAUGGUUUGAUACUAAAAUCGGAUUAUCAAAUCAUGUUCGUGGGCAUUUAAAAAGAAUUGGCAAAACUAAGUGGGAUGCAAACAAGUCACCAAUCUGUGUUCUUAAUGAAAUGCUGCAAAAUGAAGAAAAAUAUGAACAAAUAUUGAAAGCACUGAGUAACAGACGUCCAGUUCACAAACCAUUUAUAGCUCAGAAACCUUCCAGUAACAAUUCAGCUAGCACUGCUUUGCCUCUUGAAGCUCGCCAUAAUGGCUUAAAGCUUGGAGCAACAUCAGAUGUAGAGGGAUUGCCUUUAUCAAAUGAAUGUAAUAAGGCAAACAUUGAUGCUGACAAAGAUCAACCCUUUUCACUAAUUGAACUGCUUAAAAUGAAAAGAUUGGGUCAAGGAAAGAAUGUAGAACAUUCCGCUCAAAAGAUCAGUCAAACUGCAAGAAAAAGGUUCAUUCAAAAAUGCCUUCAUCCACUAAAUGAAGACUGUUCGUCGAUGUGUAAUCAGCACAAAUCAAUGGACUAUGCUAUGCAUGCAGAAUUCAAGCAAAAGAAAUCAAGAUCAAGGUCUGGAAGUAAGAAGAAAGGAUUAGCAAUGUCUCAUGGUGCUGAUGAGGUUUACAUCCUAAGAUGCAGGUUUUGUGGACUUGUAUUUCGUGGGCCUUUGUCUAUUCAAGAAGACUGGAUAAAGCACUUGCAACGCCAUAUAGUUAAUGCUAAUCUUCCAAGGACUGGGGCUGGUAUGGUUGAAGUGGAAUCGCUGCUAAAGAAACCUCCCUCAAUCUCUGAACCAUCAUUUCCUAUUCUAAUGGAAGCAACAUCAUAGAACCGAGAUUAUGUUAAAAACCACAAGACUUGUUUGGUGUACAUUGAAACUUUUUUAAAAAUAAAAGGUUGAUAAGUUUGUUUAAACCACAAUGGAUACAGUAAAGGCUGAUUUGCCGCAUCACAGAGACUUUUAAUUUACAUUAAGCUGUCCAGUUCAUCUUUGGCUAAAUUGUAUAUUAUUUUUUGUUGAUUACACACACAGUGUAAUACAACGCAAUGUAGUAGUUGAAAAAAUUUGAAAUAGUGUUUUUCCAGUUUUUGUAACGACUGACAUCCAGUUUGGGGGGGAAAAAAAGAAUUGGAUCCUUGUAAACAUUUAUUUAAACUACUUUCUCUAAUAACAGAUACUCAGUGUAUUUAAUUUAGGGCAUUAAGUAUUACCAUGUACUGCAAAUUUCACAAGACUGUUCCAUUCAAAUAGGGCAAUCAGUACUCUUAUGCGUAGAUGUAUGUGUUUUUUAUUACACAAAUUUUUGUACUAAAAAGUGGAAGGUGAAUUGUUUUAACAGAUCUUUCUGAAAAGUGUAUAUAUAUUAAUGGAACCUAUUUGUUGUAAGGAAAUCCUUUAUUUCAGUUGCAUUUCUCACUAACUGGUGCAUCCAUGCUACCUCCUACUUUGUCAACAAAGAUGUAUCUACCCAAUGACAUUUUUAAAUGUAGAUUUUGAGCAAAGUUCUGUUUAUAGAAAAAAAAUCAUUUGCUAUUCUCUUUUAAUAUUUUAUGUUAGUUUGGCACCUUAGUACUCUAUUAAACACACAUUUUGUAAAUAUGCCUUUCUCACCACACUUAAAGGGUGUUUUUAUGUUACGUUUAGCUUCACAUUCGAUCAUUUUAGCAGAAGUUUAAGAUUUCAAAAUACAAGAAUGUUUACAAUUAAAUUUUAAAACUUGUUUUGGAUGUGAUUGUGUAUGAACAUUGUGUAACACUAUGCUCUAAGGGCCCACUUACCGAAAUAUUAAAAUAAAUGUGUUGUGAGGAUGGAAA